AAUUGCUUGGACGCUCAGGCUGGCUGUUGGGGCCCUGCCGUUGCAGAUGUUCCCCAACUUUCAGGAUCCUCGUCUGGUGUUUUAUCUCUGAUUGAAUCCCUGUAACGCUAGAGAGAGGAGCUUGGGUGAGUCUCAGACUGUUGCGAUGAGCGGGAUCAUUUGCACAUUUGGGUGGCUUCUGUGUUGGUGGAGUUAAAUCCUGCGGGAGUAACGGUCCGCAUGCGGUCCUUGGCGUGGCCCAGCGGGGGCAAGUUGAAGAUAAAUAAAAGUAAAUCCAACGACGCGAUGCCUGAGGGUGGAAGUCUGCCUGAGCUUGCGUCUCGCGAACUUUCGAGAAAGCUUCUUGAGGGGGAAGCCAAGCUCGAGCAAGGCAGUUUUGAGGAAGCUGAAGUCUCUCUCCGUGAAGCUCUAUCUAUCAACAACGAGGAGGCUCGGGCUUUACUAGGGAGAAUUGAGUAUCAAAAAGAAAAUUUUCAAGGUGCUCUACAAUUGUUCGAUGGAAUACAUUUACGUGGGCUUGCUGAUAGCUUGCGUUACUUUGCAUCAGCAGAGAAGACAUCAUCACGCAGCCAAAAGAAAGGGAAACAACAAAAGCCUGGCACGGCCACCAACUUCCUGCAUGCAUCCAGUUUGCUGAUAGAAGCAAUCUAUCUGAAAGCCAAAUGUUUUCAGAAGCUUGGUGCUCUUGAAGAUGCUGCAAAUGAGUGCAAAGUUGUACUUGACUUGAUGGAGGAGGCAUUUCCAGAGGGUAUGCCGAGUACUUGGGGUGACGAAAAAAUAGCCAUGUUGGUGAACAAGAUGUCGAUUUUGCAUCCUCAGCUGCUUGCUCAAGAAGGACGCAAUGAUCGAGCUGUACCAGCCUAUCGCCAGGCACUGCUCAGUACGUGGGGUCCUAACGAGGACACACACGCAGCACUGCAAAAGGAGUUCGCCAUCCUAUUGUUGUAUGGAGGUGUGGAUGCCUCAUCAUCCACGCAGUCUCCUCCUGGUUCAAGAGAUGGUGGAUAUUUUCCCAAGAACAACACAGAAGAGGCCAUUCUGCUGCUGCUACUUCUAUUGCGACGAAAUAUCAUGUCUAAAAGUGUUUUUGAUAACAGUAUUCUGGAUCACCUGUCUUUUGCCCUUUCAGUUCAUGGUCAAUCUGAGGUGUUAGCUCACCAAUAUGAGGAGCUGCUGCCAAGCACUAUGCCUAGGACAGACCGUUGGUACAACAUGGCUCUUUGUUAUUGUGGAGCAGGGGAGGAUGAUGUGGCUCUAAAUCUACUCCGGAAGUCUCUAAGCCCAGUGGAGAGGCCAGAUGAUGUUGCUGCCCUGCUUUUGGCUGCGAGGAUUUGUGCGGCAAGAAUAGACCUUGCGGUGGAGGGAGUUGGUUAUGCACAGAGAGCAUUAGAACAUUUGUCCCCCGAACUUAUGUACAUGAAAAGCCGUGCUCUUCACAUCUUAGGUGUGUCGUUUGGUACCCAGGCUCGGUUUGCGUCAUCAGAUUCUGAAAGGGGAAAACUUCAACAUCAAGCUCUGGAAGCUUUACAGGAAGCAGCUGCUUUGGAGAGUGAAGACCCGAGGAUAGUAUUUGAUUUAGGUUUAGAAUAUGCUAUGCAACGUCAGCUUAGCAGAGCACUUGAUUGUGCAAAGCAGUUCCUGGACAUCAGCAGUGGAGCAUGGGUAGAGGGUUGGAGGUUUUUCGCGUUGCUUUUGACAGCGCAGGAAAGACACGCUGAGGCGGAGUUAGUGCUCGAAGCUGCAUUAGAAGAGAGUAGUCCUUGGCAGCAGGGACGUCUUUUACAAACACGAGCCAAAAUUCAGAUGGCUGUGGGCCAGCCCCUUCGCGCUGUCCAUACCUAUAGGCAGUUGUUAACUUUGGUGCAAGCCAGUCACCAGAGUUUUAGCUUUGAGGCUUGGAAUUGGCAGAAGAAUAAGGCUGCAGGGAGAGUGGAAGAGGUAGAGGUGUGGCAAGAUUUGGCAACUGUGUAUACCGAAUUGAAGCAAUGGAGGGAUGCUGAAACCUGCUUGGAGAAAGCUCAAGCUUUGAAAACCUACUCCACUGUCACAUGGUGUGCCACUGGGAAGCUUCAUGAGGCUCAGGAACAUUUAGAGGAGGCCUUAGCAAGCUAUAAAAAUGCCUUAGCUGUUGAUGCAACUCACGUUGACAGCAAGGUGCGGUUAGGAGCUCUUCUCCGAGAGAGAGGUAGUAAACAUUCACUGCCAGUAGCUCGCAGUUACUUGGCAGAGGCUUUACAAGCUGAUCCUACGCAUGAGGAGGCCUGGUUGCAGAUGGGCCUAUUGCACAAGGCGGAAGGUCACACACAAGAAGCUAUUGAAUGCUUUCAAGCUGCCGUGCAGUUGGAACAGACAUCACCUGUGGUUCCGUUCAGCUCCAUACUUCCAGCAUUGGCUUGGUGAGCGCUGCAGAAGUGGGUUGUUACGCACAUAUACUUUCAGAAGGUGCUUGAGCUGGUUUCAACCUUCCAAACAACCCUAUGUUGGGUUACAAAUCAUUAUUAAGUUGGCAUUCUUUUCUGAAGGUCUUCUUUUUCAGAGAAAGAGGAGACUAAUUUUCUUGUAAUCAACAUAAUUGGAUGGCGCUUUUUUGUAUUCUGAUUUGGUUAAUAACGUGGAAUAAAUUUUUAGGAUAUGCUGAUCUGUCAUGUUUCUGACAA